AUGGCAAAGAAUCCUCCAGAGAACUGUGAGGACUGUCACAUUCUAAAUGCAGAAGCUUUGAAAUCCAAGAAGAUAUGUAAAUCACUGAAGAUUUGUGGACUGGUGUUUGGUGUUCUGGCCUUAACUCUAAUUGUCCUGUUUUGGGGGAGCAAACACUUCUGGCCGGAGGUAUCCAAGAAAACCUAUGACAUGGAGCACACUUUCUACAGCAAUGGUGAGAAGAAGAAGAUCUACAUGGAAAUUGAUCCCAUGACCAGAACAGAAAUAUUCAGAAGUGGAAAUGGCACUGAUGAAACAUUGGAAGUCCAUGACUUUAAAAACGGAUACACUGGCAUUUAUUUUGUAGGUCUUCAAAAGUGCUUUAUUAAAACUCAAAUCAAAGUGAUUCCUGAAUUUUCUGAGCCAGAAGAGGAAAUAGAUGAGAAUGAAGAAAUCACUACAACUUUCUUUGAACAGUCAGUCAUUUGGGUUCCUGCAGAAAAGCCAAUUGAAAACCGAGACUUUCUGAAAAAUUCUAAAAUUCUGGAGAUUUGCGAUAAUGUGACCAUGUACUGGAUCAAUCCCACUCUAAUAGCAGUUUCAGAAUUACAAGACUUUGAGGACGACGGUGAAGAUCUUCAUUUUCCUACCAAUGAAAAAAAGGGGAUUGAACAGAAUGAGCAAUGGGUGGUUCCGCAAGUAAAGGUGGAGAAGACCCGUCACACCAGACAAGCAAGUGAAGAAGACCUUCCAGUAAAUGACUAUGGACGAGUCAUUUGUCGUGUCAUCAUGCCUUGCAACUGGUGGGUGGCCCGCAUGCUCGGGAGAGUCUAA